AUGUCAAAACAACUUGAUGUCGGCGCCCAGGUGACUGCCAUCGUCACCGAAGUCAAGUACUUACGAGAAAUCUGUGCAGCCCAGAAGAUGGAGAUGGAGCAGCUCCACGCCAAGAAUGACAUGUGCACCAACGAGAACCAGCGUCUCCUGGGUCAGAGAGAAGGUUAUGAAAAGAGGUUGGCUGAGAAUGAUGAGAAGAUGAUGUCUCUGAGUGUCCAGGUCGAACAGAGGGAGGCAGAGUGCGAUUCAUAUACACAGAAUCUCGGCCAGCUCCGGCAGGAGAACGCCGAGCUCAAGGCAAGGGUUGAAUCCGACACUCAGUACAUUUGGGCGAUUGAGACCGAGCUCACCCGUCGUAAUGCCCAAAUCACCAAGCUCAUCACCAUUCUCCGUCGCAAGAUCGCCACCAGCCGCGUUGCACAGACGGCCUUGAAAGCAGCCUACAGGAUAUUGCCCGACCUCGAAAGGAAGGCGACAUUGGCAAAGGUCCUCGAGAUUGCAAAGCAAGUACCCAAUAAGGACGGCAUACGCCUGGAAUUUGCCAAUAGUCUUAGGGAAGCGGGCAUCGCAGUUGGACGCUGGGAUCAGAAAUCUGCUCAGAAGCCUGCACAAACCCGCGGCAAGGAGACGGUUGACAACAUGGACAUUGACGAUAACGCCGAGAGUGCCCGAACAUCGACUGUUGCCUAA